UGACCUGCAUCAGCAGCCUCUCUCUCUCUCUCUCUCAGUGAGGCUUCUCCUCCCUGCUCUGUGGUCGGACUCUGAUGAGUGUUUGCUCUGUUACUAAUAGAUUGUUUUUGCCGGGUCAAUAACAGUUAUCAGAACGAGAUGAAGUUCCUCUGCAGUGGAUCAAUCGCGCCUCUCGUGCUUCUCCUCGUCCUGCCAGUUUGCCGGGCUGCUCACGGGCGCUUCGCUCAGAAGCUGAUGAAAGACUUAUUUACCAACUACACCAAUGCUCUGCGGCCGGUGGAGGACACCGACUACAUCAUCAAUGUCACAUUACAGGUCACUCUCUCCCAGAUCAUCGACAUGGAUGAGCGGAACCAGAUCCUGACUACCUACCUGUGGGUCCGCCAGGUAUGGAUGGAUGCCUUUCUCACAUGGAAGAAGGAGGACUAUGAUGGCCUUGACACCAUCCGCAUACCCAGCAGCUACGUUUGGAGACCCGAUAUUGUUCUGUAUAACAGUGCAGAUGAUGAGUUUUCCAGCUCCAUGGAGACCAAUGUUGUUCUUCGUAACGAUGGCCAAGUCAUGUGGGACCAGCCAGCCAUCACCAAAAGCUCCUGCUCUGUUGAUGUGGCCUUCUUCCCCUUCGAUGUGCAGCAGUGUGACCUAACCUUUGGCUCCUGGACUCACAACGGAAACCAGAUGGAUUUGUUCAAUGCCCUGGACAGCGCCGACUUGGCUGACUUUGUCCCCAAUGUGGAGUGGGAGGUUCUGGGAAUGCCAGCCAAGAAAAAUGUCAUCUUGUAUGGCUGCUGCUCAGAGCCAUACCCAGACAUUACCUUUUCCCUCCACCUGAAGAGGCGGUCCUCCUUCUACAUCUUCAACCUCCUCAUUCCCUGCAUGAUGAUCUCCUUUCUGGCUCCGCUGGGCUUUUACCUGCCAGCGGAUUCAGGUGAAAAGGUUUCUCUGGGUGUCACAGUGCUGCUGGCCCUCACCGUGUUUCAGCUGCUCGUAGCUGAGAGCAUGCCACCCUCUGAGAGCGUCCCACUGAUAGGAAAGUACUACAUUGCCACCAUGACCAUGGUCACUGCAUCAACAGCGCUCACCAUCUUCAUCAUGAACAUCCACCACUGUGGCGGGGAGGCUCGUCCCGUGCCUGAAUGGGCCGAGCGCUUCAUCCUCAAGUACCUCGCCCGCAUCUGCUUCGUGUACGAGGUGGGUGAGAACUGCCUCGGUGGCGCCAGGAAAGAACCUUUAUCACAGGAGGGGUCUGACAGCCCAUCAGCCAAUGGCGGCAGCACCAAAGGAGCAAAUUGGGAUGUCAAUGGGAAGGCGUGGGGAGGAAAGGUGGAGGUGGAGCCUCUGAAGAUGGGGCAGGAAGUAACCAACCAGACAGACUGGAAAGAGGAUCUGUUUGUGACCAUUGACCACUCACAGGAGAAAGGAGCUGCUGUAGUGCGAGGGGAGGAAUCAAACUGUGGGGAGCACGAAGAGGAAAAGAAAGGCGCAGGUGUUGAGGGAGGAAGUGGAGCUGGGGGGAGCAGAAGGGAGAUCUUGGUGAGGUGUUUAUGCCAACACCAGGAACUGGGCAAGAAUGUUGAGUACAUUGCCAACUCCUACCAGGACCAGCGAGCAGCACAGCUGCGCAUCGGCGAGUGGAGGAAGGUCGCCAAGGUCAUGGAUCGCUUCUUCAUGUGGCUCUUCUUCAUCAUGGUCUUCUUCAUGAGCAUCCUCAUCCUGGGAAAGUCCGUCUGAUGGAGCUCAGCCUAAGAAUUCACGAGAUGAUAAAAUUGUUUGUUUAACAAUUAAAUCUUUUUUUUUCUUCCUUUUUUUCUGACACAUGUAAACAGCUAAAAAAUAACUGAAUGAUGGUUUUAAGGGUCAUUUUACUCUUUUGUAAGCUGGUACCUGGUAGCUUUCCUCAAAAUCAUUUCCACCAGAAUUUAAAAUGCUUAUCUUUGGAUUUGAAAGAGACUCUGAAGGCUGAUGAAAGUAAAAUGAUUGGGGAAAAAAAUAGUUUCUAAUUAUUUACAAAGAUCCUAACAAAUGCUGGAGAAGCUAAACACGUCUCUGUUGGACACAGCAUGAAGGGAGAAUCAAGGGUGGGUUGCAAAGUGGUUUGCAUGAUGCAGCAACUGUGGACAGCCUAAAUGAAAUUUACCAGUUAGAUGUGUAGAUGGGUGUCUGCAGAGCCGUUAGUUGAGAAGGAUGAAUGAAAUGAGUAGAGCUGUAAGCGCUAAUCUCAGUGUUAAAAUGACGUUAACGUGGCAAGUAUGGUUAGCAAAUUAUCACGGAUCGCCCCGUGUGUGGGGCUGGAUAGCGCUAACGCAUUAACGAGCUAACCGCGCUAAUGUGUUGACGCGGUCCAGCCCCACGCACGGGGCGAUCUGUGAUAAUUUGCUAACCAUACUUGCCACGUUAAUGCGGUUAUGGCGUUAACGUCAUUUUAAUGAGAUUAACGCUGACAAGACGAGAAAUAAGUGAUCUGCUGUUUUUCUUAAUUUAAGUUGUAUUGUGCUCAUAUCUUCAGAUCACAGAUGUUUUAGGCUUGCGACUGUUUGCAUUUGCAUUCCAGCACUGAAUUGGUCACUCUAGAUUUCAGCAUUCAGGCAUUUAUGAACCCAUUCAUCAUCAUGCCUGAAUGCUUUUCAUUGAGCUAUCUGACUCUCAGAACAGCAUCUCCACCACCUUUGUUCCUGAGGGUAAGUUGGUAUCGGUGCUUUGAUGCAGCUGAUCUCGACUUUGUAGCCUUAACGAAGUAAUAAUAGGUUCAAUUUGAUGUCCUUUCUAGUGAUUAUUCAUAUUUAACACACUUUUAUCUGCAUCAAUUCUGUCUGGCAAGUACAGACUUUUUAUACUCUAAACAUGGUGAUGCUGCUUCUGUGAUUACGAUCUGAACUACAAACUGUUGUCUUGCAAAUAAUCAUAAUCUGGAAACAAAAAGGAAAAAAGGGAAAUCUCAGAAGAGCCAAACCUUGAUUUUCCCUCCAAAAAUGCUUUCAGCUACAUUUUGCUACUGAAGAAAACAAAAACAAACUUUAAAUGGUUGAUAAAACAUUUUCAGGCUCGAUCUUAAACAAACUA